AUGCUAUAUCCAGUUAAUAAUCAAAGAUCACAGAAAAGGCCUGCGCGCCGGCACCGUUUGGGUGAACACUACAACGUUUUCGGCAACCAAGUGCCGUUCAGCGGCUACAAGCAGUCCGGCAUCGGCCGCGAGAACGGACCCUACGGUAUACGCAAUUACACCGAAGUGAAGAGCGUCAUCGUAAAGAUCACCGAGAAAAACUCGUAA